AUGACACAUUGCUUUCCAAACACCAACUGCCAUAUCGUAAAAAAGAAAUUCAGAUGUGUUACACAUUGUAUCUUCGAUUUAGACGGAACAAUACUUAAUUCAGAGAAAAUGUAUCACGACGUAGUAGGACAAAUUUGUAAAAAGUAUGGCAAGAUUUAUACAAAAGAAAUUCAAAAUCGGAUGAUAGGUGGCACAGAUAGACAUAUAUGCGAGUACGUAGUUAAGGAGUUGAAAAUAGACGUGUCCGUCGACGAAUUCGAGUCGGAGUUGCUCCGGUUAUCGGAGAAGUUGCUACCGAAAGCGCCGUUGCAAAAAGGUGUAAAACGUCUACUUUUCCACCUAAGGGACAACAAAAUUCCAGUUGCCCUGGCCACGAACUCAACCGCAUCACAAGUGAGGCAGCAUGCGAUCGCAAAACCGCAAAUAUUUAAAAUUUUUAACCAUGUGGUAACUGCCACCGACCCCGGAGUCUACCGUGGCAAACCCUAUCCCGAUUUAUUUUUAGCUGCAGCUCAUAAAUUUCCCAAAAACCCUCAUCCUUGUGAGUGCCUUGUAUUCGAGGAUUCACUGGUUGGUCUCCAAGCAGGUCUAUCCGCUGGGAUGCAGGUUAUCUUAACUCCGCAUGCUAAUAUUGAUACCACGGCAGCCGAGCAAGCUACAAUGGUACUAGAUAAUCUUUUGGACUUCGAACCUCAGCUCUUUGGACUCCCGCCGUUUAAUGAUGGCAAGCCAAAAAUACCCCAAUGUCCACCACCGCAAGGGUUUAAACCACCGCCGUCGGCCUUUGACCCAUGCGCUCAAUACAGGCAGAGCAAGUGUUGCGAACUGACCACAACCAAAUGCCAGAAGCAAAGUGGAUGUGACUGGAGCAGUAUUAUUGAAAAUCCGGUGGUGUUGACAACAGUACUGAUAGGUGUAACAUCUGCUAUUAUUUACAGGUUAUGGUAG